AUGUUUGAUACAUUUAACUUUAUAUCGUGGAAUUGUCGAGGGGGUGUUUCCCAUUUCAGAAAACAACGUUCUAUCCCAUCUUUUGUUUCUUUACAUAAUUUAUCAAUUGUGGGUUUGAUUGAAACCAAAAGAGCAUCAUUUGAUGAUUUUUUAAUUAGACGUCUGUGGCCGAAUUUGGACUUUGGUUAUUGUUUUUCGAGUUCUACAGGGGCUUCGGGUGGUUUAGCUUGUGUUUGGAACACUGCUUUAGUUACUCCUACUAGAAUUAUCACUUCUAACAGAUGGAUUUCUCUGGAUUUUAUUUGGUGUAAUUCUUCUAUUCGCUUUAUCGUUGUUUAUGCUCCCAAUUGCCCGGUCACAAGAUCUAUUUUUUGGGAAGACCUUCUCCCUGAGUUAACCUGUGACCGUCUUUCUUUGGUAGAAGUUCCUCUUCAUGGACGCUUUUUCACGUGGAAUAAUAGUUUCUCGAGAUCCAAAAUUGAUCGAUGUUUUAUUUCCCCUUCGGUGUUUGCACUUUGGCCAAACCUUCACCUUAAAGCAUUACCUCGAUCCUUUUCCGAUCACACUCCUAUUCGUUUUACUUCAGCUGCUGCAAUCGAUUGGGGUCCUCGGCCUUUUCGAUCUUUAAAUGCUUGGUGGAAGCAUGAAGAUUUUGCUAUUUUUGUGCAUAAUUCUUGGCAUUCAUUUUCUGGUAUGAACAACCAGCAUUCUCUUGUUAAUAAGCUUCGGAAUCUUCGUCGUGUUAUCAAAGAUUGGAACAAGAAUGUCUUUGGAAACAUGAAUGCGCAGGCUGUUACAGUUCAGCAACAAAUAACAAAUCUGGAACAGGUUGCAGAUGUUAGAAUUUUAUCAGAUUUGGAGAAAUCUUCUUUAGCAACUCUCCAUUCCCAGCUUUUUGACAUAACUCGGCACCUUAAGUUAAUAUGGCUUCAAAAAUCCCGUCUAAAUUGGAGUCUUCUCGGAGACAAGAAUACGUCCUUCUUUCAUUUGGCAGCUACGGUUCAUGCCAAAAACAAUCAGAUUUCAGAAGUAGUUGUGGACAACAUUUGUUAUACUACUCCUUUUGAUAUCAAGAAGAAUGUCAGUGGUUUUUAUCAGAAUUUAUACAAGCGAACUAGUCCUCUUCAAUUCAGCCUUUCUUUUUUGACCUUCAAGAAAUUAACAGCAGAUGAUGCGGCAAAUAUGAUCACAGGUUUUGAUUUAGAGGAAAUCCACUCAGCCCUAUGCAAUUGUGACUCUAACAAGGCUCCGGGACCGGACGGUUUUAACUUAUUCUUCUACAAGCAAGCUUGGGAGAUCAUUAAAACUGAUUUGUUUAAUCUUUUUCAAGAAUUUCACCGGUCUUCUCACUUCCCGGCUAGCCUCAAUACAGCUUUCUUGAUUUUGAUUCCGAAGAUUAAAGGUGCUCGUGAUAUUAAAGACUUCCGUCCUAUAAGUCUAAUCAAUGGGAUUUUCAAGAUUCUUUCAAAGAUGCUCGCAAAUCGGUUAGGGGCUGUUCUACAUUCCUUAAUCUCUGAAAAUCAGUUCGGAUUUAUAAAGGGGCGUAAUAUACAUGAUUGCCAUUCAAUUGCAUCUGAAUUAAUUCACUUGACUUUGAAGCGUAAGGAGCAGUACUUCAUUAUUAAGUUGGACUUUCAAAAGGCAUUUGAUAGUGUGUCUUGGUCUUUUAUCCUAUAUGUUAUGGAAAAAAAUGAAUUUUAA